UUUUUUUUUUCUGAUGGCUUUGGGAGGGAGGGGGUAUGUGGUGGAGGCGGAGUCUCGGCAGUCCUGGCAGGGCCGCCAUUUUUGCAAAGGGAAAAGAGACUGGUUUUAGAGGAUCUAAUUUUUUUAAAAGUCGCCGAUGACUGCUGCUCUGUUUAACGGUUUGUGAGCGUUUCCGUAGCAUACCCUGGUUCCGGCGUAAAGGAGAAAAACGAUGGAUUUUUUAGAAAAAAGAAGUACUUAAAGGACAAGUUGAUAUACAAACAUUUUGAAGCUUGCCUUAGGAUCCGCAGUGUGUGGACUGAAGUAUUGUUUUGGUUGUGGAAGCUGCGACGGGGGUCUAACCCAGGUCCCCCAAUUAACCAUUCAGCCACUCCAGAUUGGAUUUAAAACGGCCUUGUGGAUGCACUUGGAUGUCUGCAAUGACUGCUGUGGCUGGCAUGCCUCAGUGUUUUGGACUCCCUUUCUCUGGACUCAGUAGGAAAACAAGUAAUAAGCAGAGAACGUCAUGAGCAUAGUCAUCCCAGUAGGGGUGGACACAGCUGACACCUCGUACCUGGACAUGGCUGCAGGCUCAGAACCAGAAUCGGUGGAGGCCAGCCCUGUGGUGGUGGAAAAGUCCAGCUACCCACACCAGAUAUACAGCAGCAGUUCUCACCAUUCCCAUAGUUACAUUGGCCUACCAUAUGCUGACCAUAAUUAUGGGGCGCGGCCCCCGCCUACGCCGCCAGCCUCCCCUCCACCCUCCAUGUUGAUACGACAAGGAGAGGGGGGGCUUUUUGUUACUGGAGGGCAGGACGAGGCUUCCAGGGGCACGACCCUCAGCACGUCGGAGGAUGGCAGCUACGGGGCGGACAUCACCCGCUGCAUCUGUGGCUUCACCCACGACGACGGCUACAUGAUCUGUUGUGACAAGUGCAGUGCCUGGCAGCACAUAGACUGCAUGGGCAUCGACAGGCAGAACAUUCCCGAGACCUACCUGUGCGAACGCUGCCAGCCGCGCCACCUGGACAGAGAGAGGGCUAUCCUGCUGCAAACCAGGAAACGGGAGUGCUUAUCUGAUGGCGACACCAGCGCCACAGAGAGCGGAGAUGAGGUCCCACUAGAGCUCUACUCCACCUUCCAGCACACGCCCACCACCAUCACCUUGACGACCGGGCGCCUCGGCAAUAAGCAGGUUGAUAAGAAGCGUAAAAAAAGUGGUGAUAAAGACCCCCCAGCACCUUCUGCCAAAGCAAAAAAGGCCUUCAGAGAAGGAUCCAGAAAGUCCUCAAGAGUAAAGGGUGCUGCUCCUGAGGUGGAGCCGGUGGAGCACCCGUCUCUGUGGGAGAACAAGAUCAAGACGUGGAUGGAGCGCUAUGAGGAGGCCAACAGCAAUCAGUAUAGCGAGGACGUUCAACUCCUGCUGCGUGUCAAAGAACAAGGAGACGGCAGGAGCUUGGCGUACAACACGCACCCGGCUUCUUUCAAACCCCCGGUGGAGAGUCAAGUACAGAAGAACAAGAAAAUCCUGAAGGCCGUGCGAGACUUGGCUCCAGACUCCCUGAUCAUCGAGUACAGGGGAAAGUUCAUGCUCCGACAGCAGUUUGAGGCCAACGGAUACUUCUUCAAGAGGCCGUACCCGUUUGUAUUAUUUUACUCUAAAUUCGACGGGUUGGAGAUGUGCGUGGACGCUCGCAGCUUCGGUAACGAAGCUCGGUUCAUUCGCCGUUCCUGCACCCCCAACGCCGAAGUGCGGCACGUCAUCGAGGACGGCAUGCUGCAUUUAUACAUCUACUCGUUGAGGCACAUCACUAAAGGCACAGAGAUCACAAUCGGUUUUGAUUUCGACUACGGCAACUGUAAAUACAAGGUGGACUGUGCCUGCGUGAAGGGAAACCAAGAAUGCCCGGUGCUGAAACACAACCAGGAGCCCACAGAGAACAUGGGUGCAGGCGGCAAGCGGCGAGGGAGCCGCAAAGACAAGGACUCGGUCCGAGACGACCAGGGGCAGAACCAGAACGUGGCUUUAGACGGCGAGGGGAAAGGCAGAGGUGUGGGCGACGGCAAGCAGAGAAAGCUCUCUCCUCUUCGACUCUCCAUCUCCAACAACCAGGAUCCUGAGUUAUUUGAGGAUGUAGAGGACAAAACCUCCAUUAGCAAUGAAGUAGAGAUGGAAUCAGAAGAGCAGAUUGCAGAGAGGAGGAGAAAGAUGAUUCAGGCCAACCCGGCAGAGCAGUCCCAUCUCGCUGUCGGGGCGGCUUCAAGCUGGAGGGGACUGAAACUCAAGGAGACCCGGGAAGAGAGGAAGAUGGAGGCUAUUCUGCAAGCCUUUGCUCGGAUGGAGAAGAGGGAGAAGCGCCGAGAGCAGGCGCUGGAGAGAAUUGGUAGCAUAAAAUCAGAAGUCGGGGGCCGUGGGGAGGUUAAAGAGGAACCUCCUGCCACACCGGAGACGGCAGAUUCCCCAGCUGUUACGCAACCUCUUGUUGAAGUGAAGGAAGAGCCGGGCCUAAAGCCAGCAAAAGUAAAGCCUUCGAGGAACAGGAAGAGUUUCUCCAGGAACCGCACUCACAUCGGUCAGCAGCGCCGGCGAGCUCGGACCAUCAGCACCUGUUCGGACCUGACGCCCGGCUCUCCAGCGGAGCCCUUGGAGCCUUUAACCAGUGAAGCUCCAGAGGGAGAGACGCUUCCUUUGCCAGAACCAGAGGCCGUCUCGUCACAAGCACCAGAGAGCAGCCCUCCUCAGAGCAGCUCGCCAGCGCCCGACAGAAACCGAACGGCGAGCAAAAACUUCAAAACUAAAAAGCACUUUGUGAGCGAAUGGGUGGGAGAGAAACAGCAGGACCGCGGCGCCGUACGAACGCCAGAACCAGUCCCGGAAAGGCCGCUGAGAAUAAGCAGUGACCCGGAAGUUCUUGCCACGCAGCUCAAUGCCUUACCAGGCAUGGCCUGCUCGCCGCAGGUCUACAGCACGCCCAAACACUACGUCCGCUUUUCCUCCCCAUUCCUCGCUAACCGCAGCCCGGCCACCCCCGGAGUGCCCAGCGGGAGACGGCGUUCCCGGGAACUGCCAGAAACGCCGCCAGCCACCGGCUCCUGCAAGAAGCGAUGGUUGAAACAAGCGCUUGAGGAGGAGGGCUCCACAAGCCCAGCAAGACGGCAGAGUCUGCUGGGCGACAGCCCCCUCAGCCCCUCCAUUAACGGGGACUCUGACAGCCCCCUGCCCUACAACGGCACCUGCUCGCUACCUGAGUUGCCCACCCCUUUGAAAAAGCGACGGUUGAGCCCGUUAGACGCCUGCAUGUCCGAGAGCUCCACCCCCUACGGUUCCCCUUGUGCCACGCCCACACGAGCCGACCAACCGGAUUCCCACGGAACCCCCGUCUUAUUAACCACGCCCCCCCGACCCCGAACGGAGGAAGCGAGCGCAGAGCCCGUCUCCAGUACUCCGACUCACGUGCCCAACACCCCUCAGGAGAGUGAAUCUUCAAUGGAGAACUCACCAGAGGUCAGCGGGAAGCCGUCUGUCCAAGAGGCUGAUCGUCCUCCAUCAUUGGUCUCCUCUCCUUGCAUCAGGAACCCCAGCUCAGACGCACUCACGGCGGAAGUAAAGUUGUCGGUUCCGGAGAGUCCUCAGCCUCCAGCUGCUGAGUCAGCAGACUGUAGCGAGGACAGGACAGAGGGAGGAGUCACAGAAGGCGCGAGUGAGCCCUCCACCUGUGUAGAAACCUGCGCUUCCUCUUACCCCGGGUGGAUAAAAAGCCCGGAAAGAGGCUCGACUGGACCAGCUGGCCUGAACUUUUCUCCAGUCAACUCGAACUUAAGGGACCUCACCCCGUCCCACACCCUGGAGCCCCUCUCGUCGCCUUUCAGGCACGAGGCUGCAGCCGGGGCUUCAGCGGGGGCGGGGUCACAGGCGGCCUCUCAGCCGCCGUUUAGCGAGUCUCAAGGGCAGCUUUUUUACCCCUGCUCGGAGGAGGGGAGUUCGCUCAACGCCUCGCGGUCUCUGAAUGGAGAUGGCGGCGGAGAAGGGGGGUCUGCACAGAACCCCCCACAGAAGAAAAAGGUUUCUCUGCUCGAGUACCGAAAGCGCCAGCGAGAAGCUCGCCGCAGCGGCUCCAAGACUGAAUGCAGCUCCCCGGUUUCCACCCUGCCACCUCUGACCGUGGACGCGUUCCCCGUUACCACGGAGCCUGUCGGCGACCCCGUUUUACCACCCGCUCCAUGCAACAACGCCGCCACGGGAAAAGAGCCGCAAAGCGAGGAGACAGAAGCUGGGGGAGAAAAAGGAGAAGAGAGAGGAGAGGGGCAGUGGACCUCGUCGACCUUCGUGGAGCAGACCAGAGAACGCAGCUACCACCGAGCCCUUCUGCUCAGCAAAGACAAAGAGAUUGAUGGUGAGACGGAAGGAGGGGACACGCCCGCACCGAGAGAGUGUGCAUCUCCAAGUGUUCAGAAAACUCCAACUCACACA